CUCCAGCUGCCUAAACAUGAAGAAAGGAUUGGUACUUGGCGUUUAUGAGGGGGAAAACAAAGAUGAAGUUAUCUUGACUCCUACAGCUGCCAAGUAUAAUGAAAUCGUCAAUGGAAAAUUACUAACAAAUAUUAAUCUGAGAGGCUAGGUUGUGGUAUCACGAAGUAUAGGAAGUCAUAAACCUGCGGCGAGGGAUUAGCUCUAAGUUAUUCAUCAGCAAGAUCAUUAAAUAUAAAAACAAAACCCAAGAAAAGUUAAAUAAUGAAUUAAGAAGCUUCAAUUAAAUUCAUUAAAUCAAUGCAAAACGUCCAAACAAUCAGAUACGUUUUAAUCAGUAAAUUCAUCUGUAAAUAUUCCGAUAAGAAUUUCCGAUAAAAAACAAUUGAUUGUAUAAAAAAAAAGAGCAAUGUCCACUGGUGCUAAUACUCCAGGAAGUGGUGGUGCUGGAGGGAGUGGAUCAACGCCCAUAAUGAGUAGUGGUAAACGUCAUCCAACGUCAGCUAAUGUUCUUCAUGGUAUUGGUGGUUCCAUUGAAGAUAAAAACAACGAUUAUCUCUGUCCAAUAUGUUUUGAAGUGAUUGAAGAAGCUCAUAUCACACGUUGCGGUCAUACUUUCUGCUACAGAUGUAUUAUCAAAACUCUAGAAAAUAUCGAAAGAUGUCCAAAGUGCAGCCUUCCCUUAAGUCAACAAGAUAUUUUUCCAAACUUCUUACUCAACGAACUUGUAUCGAAAUACAAAACGAAAAUCAAAGGUAUUGGAGAACUUGGAUGUAUUCGUGGUGAAAUGAGGAGUGGAGGAUCAAACUCAGAUAUCAUUCCCCCUUGUGAUGGUCUUAGAGACUUUGUGGCAGCUGAGAGUGCUAAUUUAACUCUUCCAGAUGUUAAUGUAAUGUUAGAAGUUUUAACACAGAGGAAACAUCUUUUAGAAGCAGAAUCUUGUGCAGCACAAAAUAAACUUCUUCAUGAAUUCCUCAAGCAUUUGCUACAGCAAAAAGAAGAACAGAUGAAUCAGCUUCAAAAAGAGGUGGCAUUGAUAAAACACGAUAUGGAAGUUGUUGAGAGUAUUUUAAGAGAAGUCCAAAGUAAAUGUCCUCGUAUCGAAGACAUAAAGAAUUCAGGAGAAAAUGAAAAUGCUGAAAUGACUGCAAUAAGAAAAGAAAUGAUUGAUCUGAUUGAUAUUAUCGAUUCGAAUAUGGUAAAACCUGAAUCCUCUAGCAAUGAAACAGCAGCUAAUCCAGGUCAAAAACAACCAGAAUAUGCUACGAUAUCGACACUUGCAGUGCGAAGAAAACGAAUGCAUGCUCAUUUUGAUGACUUUGUUCAAUGUUAUUUUAGCGCGAGAGCUAAAGAUUUACUAUUGGGGAAUCAAAAAAGUACUCCAAUAGACACAAUCCAUGGAAUGAGUACAGGACUGGAUGUUUUUCGAGAAAAUCUCGUAAAAUUUUCUCGUUAUAGUUCUUUACGUCCUCUAGCGACAUUAAAUUACUCUUCAGAUAUUUUUAAUAAUUCAACAAUUGUCUCUAGCAUCGAGUUUGAUAAAGACAACGAAUUUUUUGCUAUCGCGGGUGUUACAAAACGUAUAAAAGUAUUUGAUUAUGGAGCCGUAAUUCGAGACACUGUAGACAUUCAUUACCCGUGUGUAGAAAUGGUUUCAAGCUCUAAAAUAUCAUGUGUGUCUUGGAACUCUUACCACAAAGGAAUGUUGGCUUCUUCAGAUUACGAGGGUACUGUUACCGUCUGGGAUGCUUCAACAGGACAAAGGACAAAGGCUUUUCAAGAGCACGAAAAACGAUGCUGGUCUGUAGAUUUUAACGACGUCGACACAAGACUUAUAGCCUCGGGCUCUGAUGAUGCAAGAGUCAAGCUAUGGUCUCUGAAUAUGGACCAUUCUGUAGCUUCUCUUGAAGCUAAAGCUAAUGUUUGUUGUGUUAAAUUCAACCCCAGAAGCUCGUGUCAUUUAGCAUUUGGAUCGGCUGAUCAUUGUGUACAUUAUUAUGAUCUUAGAAAUAUGAGAGAAGCUCUAUGUAUUUUUAAAGGCCAUCGAAAAGCUGUAUCUUAUGUUAAGUUUAUAAACAAAGAAGAAAUUGUUUCUGCUAGUACUGAUUCGCAAUUAAAAGUAUGGAAUAUUAAUCAUCCUCAUUGUUUACGGUCAUUUGUUGGCCAUAUUAAUGAGAAAAACUUCGUUGGACUCGCUACUGAUGGAGACUACGUCGCUUGUGGUUCAGAAAAUAAUGCAUUAUAUGUUUAUUACAAAGGUUUAACUAAGCAAUUGUUUUCAUAUAAGUUUGAUCCAGUGAGGAGUGUUCUAGAAUUACAAGAACGACGUGAAGAAGAUCCUAAUGAAUUUGUAUCAGCUGUUUGUUGGAGACAAAUGUCAAAUGUUGUCGUGGCAGCUAAUUCUCAGGGCAUCAUUAAAAUUCUAGAACUCGUUUGAAGAAUUGUCGAUUUAGUUUAGAAAAAAUAUUUAAUUUUUUGUUAAUACAACGAUUAUAAGUAUUUUUAGUAUAUAUUAUUAUAAUAUAAAUAAAAUUUAAGAGCUUUUGCUCUUUAUAGAAAUGUUCAUUUUCUUGAUAUAAGAUAAUGAUCAUUGUUAGGCUCUAAUUGAUCCUAGGGAGGUAAUAAAUUAUUUUAUCAUGUACAGUACAAAUUUUCACAGAAAAUGUUAAUUUUUAUACACAUAUUAUAAUUAUUAGCUCAAAUAAUUUUGUUUACGCUCAAUCUAAUUAUUUUGUAAUUAGUUAUGGUAUUUUACUUUAUUAAAAAAAAAAUGUAAAGUAGAGGAAGAUAAGGUAAAGUGAAACACCAAGAAAAAAAGCAAAUAAACAAUUUAACCAUUAUAAUAACAAAUGUUAAUAAUUUUUAGUACAUUAAUAAAUUAAAAUAUUGAUGUAGAAAAAGUGCAAUAAGCGUUUGUUCGUCUAUUUUAAUAAAUUAGUCAAUUUUCUCGAGCGUUUCACUUUGCCCCCGCGUUCCACUUUACCCUCCUUUUCCCAAGUUAUUUUUAAUGAAAAUCAUCAAUAUUGGUAUUUUAUUGAUAAUAUUAAUAAAUUUAUAAAAUAAUUACCUGUCUAGGAUUGGAUGUAAUGAAAGAAUCAAAUUUCAUUAAGAAUACUCAAUACUCAUUCAUUCAUUAAUUAUGAAUGAGCAAUAGUCUUGAGUCAUAAUGACAUGACGCUUAAAUAAUUAAUAGUAAUUGUAAAAUAAUAGAAAAAAAUUUCAAUUAAAUUUUAUUGAUGUUAAGAGCAAUAAUAUUUAAGAAUUAUUCAAAGUCGAUAAGAAUUUGUGCCAAUACGUAGGUAAAUACUAAACACUUACAAUGGCUUCAAUUAGUUGAUGGAAGAAUUCCAAAGUAAAUCAUUUCUUUUUUAACAUUUUAUUAUGUUAUUUAAUUAAUUAUUGAAAUGAUAUAAAUUUAGAAUUUUGAUCAACUUUUUUUACUCAAUACAUAUAAUACUUUCCUAUGUAUUUAAAUUUCAACUGAAUUAAUCGAAAUUCAUCUUCUGAUGUUAUUGAUGUAAACUCUAUUACAGUAGUUAUUAUGAAGGAGAGAGGAGACUAGUUGUCUAUACGUAUUGAUAUGAAAAAUUCAAUACGUUAACGUUGUGACCUAGUGUUGUGAAAAUAAAAAUAGUAAAUAACGUAAUUUUAAAAUACAUUAUUAAUUUGACACAUCAGUGAGAAUUUGAAUUUUAAAUUUUAAUUGUAUUAAUAAUAAAAAAGGAAUAAAAGAAAUGA